AUGGCAAGUAAUGAUAAUGGAAAUGAUACUAUGAUAAUAUCAAUUCGAUUAAUACGUUCAUUUGAACAUCGAAAUAUGCGUAAUUUAGUAUUACGUUCUAUCGAUUCAUCUGGACAAAUGACUGGUAAAGAACUCAAACAACGUAUUCUAACAAUGUUACCAAAUGAAAACUUACCACCACCAUUUAAAACAUUUUCCUUCGAUACAUUGAAAAUCGAACACUAUCCACAUCAGUCCAAGAGUAAUGAUGUUGUAAUUCGUCGAGACGGUGAUGAUCGUUUAAUAAUCGAAGAUGAUAAACAUCUAUGUGAUUAUAAUAUAGUCGAAGGCACUGAAAUUGCAUUUUUUAAAUACAGUGAUUAUGAAGUCUAUAAAAAAAAUCCUGCUAUGACAAUGGAUUAA